GGUUGCCACUUUGAAAGCGCCACAUUCUGCAACUCUACUCUUAACUGCCACCUCAAGUAUCACCUAUACACCAUGGCUACAUUCACGCCCUCAGACGCGAUCGAUAUGUCCAAGGAGAAGGAUUGGGCAGCAAACCUCGGUAUGUUGGAUUGGGACACCACACGGAUUGUCUUUACCAAGCGAUCCCUCAUUGAAUUCCUAAAAUAUACCGGAACCACUGUUGAUACCAACUAUAGUAACAUCCAAAAGCUUCCCAGAUACGCGAAGUUCGGUAAGAUAACUGGAGGGGAAGAAGUCUCGGGUGCACAGACUGCAUCCUCGAGCAGCGAAGCUCCUGCAAACCAAACCUCGGAUAACGCGUUCAAGCCCUCUCGACGCGUGCGCACAGCUCCAGGUGGCGAGACGCACAACAUCUUUGGGUCGUACGAGGACGACGAUGUGUUAAGUACCGCACCAUCGCGAGGUGCCCCGGCUGAACAAGUUACACCGCCGGAGGAAAGCAAAACCAGCGAGCCUGAGCGAGCCAGCAGAACAACAACUAGUAGAUCUCCUUGGGAACAAUCUGAACCUGAGAAGCCGGUCUUCAAGCCAUCUCGCAGGGUGCGUGAGAUGCCUGGUGGACGCGAUAGUAUCGCCGAUCUCCUGUGACUUCUCAAGCGUCCUAAGCCGUUUCUGGCGGAUAUCUAUCAAACAAGUUAUUUGGUGUUGUUAAGUUGAAACUAAAAAUUGUAUUUCCGAACGAAUAUGUUCUUCUUUGUUGUACCGUCUUGAUACCUUGAAGGAUUUGAUGGCUAGCUUAUAAGGUCAUGUCGAAAAUCGUUUAUAUAAACGGGAUUGGUCAGAAAAGUAUAUAUGCAUUAC